AUGCCCUCAGCAUCACCCUCCCAGGCGUCAUCGUCCUCCUCCUCCGCGUCAAUGUCUCCCUCUCACCCCUCACUGUCCCCUUCAGCUCGUUCUUCCUCUACCGUCCAGGCACCCGCCUCCGGGAAUGGGAACAAACAAGGCCACCUCACCUCUAUAUCUAUGACUUCUUCCGCAUCUCCACAACCACCUCCUCCACUCCUAACAUCAACGUCUACGACAGAGAAAGAAAAACCCCGCCUUACAGAACAGGAAAAGAAGAACAACCACAUCGCUUCGGAACAGAAGCGCCGCGCUGCCAUCCGCGAGGGCUUCGACAGGCUUACCGAACUCGUCCCAGGGCUCGAGGGCCAGGGACGCAGCGAGGGAGUCGUCCUGCGCAAAACUGUGGACUUCGUGCGGAUGAAGUUGCAGGAGCGGAGGGAGCUUGUGGAGGAAAUUGAGAAGAGGGGUGGCAAUAUUGAUGAUAGUUUACGACGAUAG